ACCACGACCACCACUCCCGAUUGUUCUGCUUGCAAAAUGCGACAAUACACUCUUCUUCACAAGAACGCAAUCCAAGCAACUCGCACAUCAAUACCAACACCACCAUCAACAUCAACAUCAACAUCUUCGCUGCAGCACGCUUGCUUGACGUCAGUGCCAUCGUGUGCGCGUCGGCCUCCACCACCCCCCGAUCUGAGCGUCCUGGCCUGGUAUUCCCUAGCCCGGCCCCCCCGGUUGACAAGACAAGCCAAGCUUCCCCGGACUUGUUGAACGUCUGCUGCGAAGACAGACCCACACUGCUGUCUUUCUUUCAAGUCCAACACAACAGAACUGAACAUACCACAUCUCCGCAGGCCCGUCCAAUCGCCAAUUGAACUCACAAUCACACCGCGGAGAGCUGUGUGUGCGCGUGUGGGCUGCGGCAGCCCUGAGAAGAGAGAGAUGGAGAAGAGCAGGGCGAAUGGCAUACAUGCAAAAGAGGUGGAGAAGAGCACGGCGAAUGGCAUACAUGCAAAAGAGAUGAAGAGCAAGGCGAAUGGCAUACAUGCAAACAACACCGACGUCGACAGCAGGACCGACCAUACCCGCUGGCGGCUGAAGGAUGACAGAGGCGCCCAGACUUGGCAUUAUCUCGACUCCGACGACGAGCUUGAAAAGUGGCCGCAGAGCAUCGCGGAUAAAUACCACUUGGGCUUGCCUACGAACCUGCCAGACCUCCCCCCCGCCAAAACUCCCCUCGAGUGCGCCCGCAACGGCCUCACCUUCUUCGAACAACUACAGCUCCCCUCCGGCCACUGGGCCUGCGAGUAUGGCGGUCCCAUGUUCCUCCUCCCCGGCGUCGUCAUCGCCUGGUACGUGACCGGCACCCCCAUCCCAGACGCCUACCGCCGCGAGAUCCGCAACUACCUGUACGCCCGCCAGAACAAGCACGACGGCGGCUGGGGCCUGCACAUCGAGGGCCACAGCAGCGUCUUUGGCUGUGCCAUGAACUACGUGACCCUGCGCAUCUGCGGUGCCAGCGCUGAAGACCCCCGCAUGGUCAAGGCCCGCGGCACGCUGCACAAGCUCGGCGGUGCCGCCUCUGGCCCGCACUGGACAAAGUGGUGGUUGAGCGUGCUGGGCGUGGCAGAGUGGGAGAUUGUCAAUCCUGUCCCGCCCGAGCUGUGGCUGCUGCCGGACUGGGCUCCCAUCGCGCCGUGGCGCUGGUGGGUGCAUAUCCGGUACGUCUAUCUGCCCAUGUCGCUGGCCUGGUCGCGGCGCUGGUCCAUGCCGCCGAACGACUUUACGCGCGAGCUGAGGGCGGAGCUGUACACGCAGCCGUACGAGUCGAUCAACUGGGCCGGGCACCGCAACUCGAUUGCAAAGGAGGACAACUACCAGCCGAAGCACUGGAUCCUGAACACCCUGAACUGGCUGCUCGUCAUGAUCUGGAUCCCCUUCCUCCGCACCGACUGGCUCGUCCAACGCGCCGAGAACUGGGUCUGGACGCUGAUCAAGGGCGAGGACGAGAACUCCGACUAUGCCGAUCUUGCGCCUGUCAACGGGGCCAUGAACCUCGUGGCCUGCCACAUCGUCGACGGGCCGGACGCGUACUCUGUCCGACGACACCGGGAGCGGAUAUGGGAGUACCUCUGGAUGAAGGACGAGGGCGUGCUCUGCAACGGCACAAACGGCGUCCAGUCCUGGGACACGGCCUUUCUCAUCCAGGCCGCCGUCGAGUGCGGCUUCGCGACCGACCCGCGAUGGAAGCCAUGCCUGACCAAAGCCCUCGGCUUCAUGGAAGACCAGCAGAUGCGCGAAAACGCCACGGGCGCCGACCAGCCAUACCGCCAGAAACGCAAAGGCGCCUGGGGCUUCAGCACAAAGCUCCAGGGCUACACCGUCAGCGACUGCACCUCCGAGGGCGCAAAGGCCGUCAUGAUGCUGCAGUCCGCCCCCGGCUACCCCAAGCUCAUCUCCGACGCCCGCCUGCGCGACGCCAUCGACAUCAUCCUCACCAUGCAGAACCCCUCGGGCGGCUGCGCCUCGUACGAGCCCACCCGCGGCUCCCUCUACCUCGAAUACCUCUCCGCCGCCGAGGUGUUUGGCAACAUCAUGAUCGAAUACGACUACCCGGAGUGCACCACCGCCUGCGUCAUCGCCCUCUCCCACUUCCGCUCCCUCUACCCGUCUUACCGCGCCGCCGAAAUCACCGCCUUUGUCGCCCGCGCCGUCCAGUACAUCCGCCGCGCCCAGCGGCCCGACGGCUCCUGGUACGGCUCCUGGGGCAUCUGCUUCACCUACGCCGGCAUGUUUGCGCUCGAGUCGCUCAAGUCGGUCGGGGAGGUGUACAGCAACAGCGCGCGCGUCCAGCGCGCCUGUCGCUUCUUUACCGACCGCCAGUUUGCCGACGGCGGCUGGGGCGAGAGCUACAAGUCGUGCGAGGACCAGGUCUGGACGCCGCAUCCGGACGGCAGCCAGGUCGUGCAGACGGCUUGGGUGGUCAUUGCGUUGCUGGAGGCCGGGUUUCCGGACCAGGAGCCGCUGAGGAGGGCGGUUAGGUUGCUUGUGCGCAGGCAGCGGGCUAAUGGCGAGUGGGCGCAGGAGGGCAUCGAGGGGGUGUUUAACAAGAGCUGUAUGAUUUCCUAUCCAAACUACAAGUUCAUCUUCCCCAUCAAGGCGCUGGGCAUGUACGCUGCCCGCUACGGCGACGAUGCUGUCGUGUAGGUCCUGGUCUGGCUGGCUUGGCUUGACUUGGCUUGGCUUGGGAUUGGUCUGGCCUGGCUUGGGGUUUGGUUUGGCCUGCUUGGUCUGGCCUGGCUUGGUUUGGCCUGGCCUGGCUUGGGCGGGUUUGCGGAGAGUGUGUCUGGCCUGGCAUGGCAUGGCAUGGGUAAAGGGAUAUCUGGAGCGGUAGUGGUGAUAAAAGCACAGUUGAGUGGUUGAGUGGGUGUAAGAUACGUAUAUGGCAUCUAUGGAUGGAUGGAUGGAUGGAUAGAGCUUGACGUACGUACGAACGUACGUACGUAGAUGCGCAGAUACGUAGAUACGUAGAUGAGUGUGCAGAUAAGUACGCGGAUAAGUACGCAGGUAAAGGGACAAAAAGUUGGUCUGUAUGCAUGUAUCCAUCAAUAUCCUAUCAAAAUGAAGGUCAUCAAAGGGCUUCGACGGCUGUAAUUGAUAGCCGUC